AUGGAUGAAGAAUUGUAUUGUGCAUUGACGGAUUUUAGAGGAAACAAUCACUUUUUAGAAUUAAAUGUCAACGGGAGUUACAAAGAUUUGGCCGUUGCAGUGCAAAGCCUAAUUGCUUGUAGUGCAAGCACGAUACAGUUGACUUACAAAGUACCCCACACGCAAGAAAUAUAUGUUCGUGUAUGUGAUGAUGCUGAUGUCUCGAUAAUGGUCAAUGUACAUCGAAGUUGCAAGGAGAAUGUUGUUGUCAUGAACGCUGAGAUGAAUCGAGACAUAUUAUUUGGCAUACAAGCUAACGAUGUCCAUAUAAGUAAUCCGUAUAUCCCCUCUAGUGAUGAUCAUGUUUCUCAUUCACAAAAUCCAUCGUAUUCACAAAAUAUGUCGCGGGAAGUUGAGAGCUCUAAUAUGAUUCCUAUUGCAUGGCACAAUGCUAUUAGAAGUGUUGGUCAAGAAUUUGAUGAUGUUGAACAUUGUCGGCGGAGUUUAAGUAAUUACUCUAUUGCACGAGGAUUUAACUUUGAAUUUGUAAAAAAUGAACGCAAAAGGGUGACAGCAAAAUGCAAGGCCGCAAACUGCGAAUGGAUGGUUCAUUGCACCCGUCGUAGAGAUAAUGAUCGAUUCUAUGUGAAAAAAAUAUAUAGUUCUCAUAGUUGCUUGGGAGGAGGCAUAGGAAAGGAAGGAUAUCAACGGGCAUCUCGUAAGUGGAAUGCUAAUCAGCUCAAGACCAUAUUGAAGGAACAACCCACUUAUCGCCCAAUUGAUUUUCAAAAGAAGCUUAAAAUGGAAUUUGGUUUGGACAUCCCUUAUCAUAGAAUUUGGUGGGGAAAAGAGCUAGCUCAACGUGAGUUGUAUGGUGAUACUAAAUUUUCAUAUGACCAACUCCGAUGGUAUAAGGAUAAAGUUAUAGAAACUAAUCCGGGAUCAAUUGUUCACCUAGAGCAUGAGGAUGGAAGAUUUACACGAGUAUUUGUGUCUUAUUAUGCUUGUUGGAAAGGGUUUAUGGAGGGAUGUAGACCAAUAUUGUUCUUGGAUGGUACACAUCUUUUUGAUAGGUAUGGAGAGUUCAAGGGAAUGGUUUUUAGAAUGCAUUCGAGACAUUCUCUUCAAUGA